AUGAUUAGAUACAAUUGGAUUUGUGACGACUAUGAGAAAUAUGUAAUAUUUUGUGCAAGAAACCAUGAUAAUAGAACUAUUUGUGCCCAUCAUUUUGAUGAAAAACAUAAGGGAAAAUGGACAGAGUGUAAGAAAUGUAAAGAUUCAUUCUCACCAAUCGAUUAUGCAGCCUAUGCAACAGACAAACAUGCAAACUUUGAAAUCCUAAAAAAAUCUUCCAAAGGCAACCGCAUCAUUGUGACUUUUGUGGCUACACUUCUGGGAACUCUGACGAAUUUCCAUCCAUGUCAUUUGCCAAUGGAACUAUGA